GAGUCUUAAUAAAUUUUAAUUAUACACUCUACAAAGAUCGCUCGCAAAAUUGGGCAUAAGUUUCCCUUGUAAUUGUAUCCAAGUUUUAAUGAGAAGUUAACAGUUUGAGGGCUUGAAGCACGCUACACCAGUUUUUGGAACAACACUUGUAAUAAUGUUCAGUUGAGUAGCUGAAAACAUGAAGAACACACUCAAGGAGAAAUUUAAAAAUAACGUUAUAGUAAAACCAUUGUAUAGAAAACUGAAGGAUGGAAAUAAAGUCGAACCGACUGUACUUGUAACUGUUGACCGCACUUUCAAACUAGAUGGUCACGCAAUAACUGUCAAGCGUAAUAUAGUGAAUGAUAAUGAUAAUACUGUUUCGAAUAAAGCAAAAACUUCGAAUAGAGUAUUCCGAUGUGUACGUGAUCAAAGUAAUCAAAGUGAUAUAUUCGAAAAGAUUAAUCAUGAACGCAAAAUUAAUGGAUUAAGAAAAACUUAUAAAAUGUUAAGUGGUAUGGAAAAUAAGAGACCCAGUGAAGUGGAUGAUGUCGACGAUGGAACUAAUAAAUUAGUCCAGGCUGAUUACAAUCAUAUACUGGUUACUCAGACUGGUAACGCUUGGCUGAGGUUCCACCCGCUGCCCAAGGUCUCAGGAGAGUCGCUCCGGUCUGUGGUCUUCCGAUGCAUCUUCUGCCAACUGGGACUGUUCACUGUCCUCAUAUUAUGGUCUAUUGUCUGGGUCUUCGUGAUACAAUCAUUUGAAGGCCCAAAUGAAAUAAUUGUAACUCGAAACUAUGAGAAUGAGCAAAACCAACUAGUCAUCGAACUCGCCACCGAACUGAGGCAGAUUACACCACUUUCUCCCAAAUGGAAGAGAGCAAUAGCGAGGCGGUUACAAGACGAGAAGCAACUGACCAUACAGGCUGUGAGCCAAGGAGCUCGUAUACAUCCCGGGCAAUACUGGGACCUGUCCGGGACCUUCCUUUUUGUUGUGUACGUUAUGACUGCUUUGGGCUUCGGUGCUCCGGUGCCGCAGACGCUCUGGGGAAGAUCCGCCGCGCUAAUAUACGCCUUCUUCGCUAUACCCACACAUAUUUAUUUGAUGCUGAACAGCAGCAUGUGUUUCGUUGUACACGUUGAGCGUUACAUGAUUCGAUUAAAAAGCAAACUACGGGACAAACGACCCUUCGUUUUGGGAAAAACUGCGGUGCAAAAUGGAACAGGGAGCCCCAACUGUAGCCGAAGUUCAGAAGUUUUGAAGUCACCAAACAGGAGCGGUGUUGCCACAAAAAUAAUGCGAUUAAUCUGCGUAUUGGGAGCGUGUCGCAGCGUACCUCUAGCCGCAGUUUUAUACUACUUGUUCGGCGUAGCCGCGUUUGGAUUUGCUCGUGGCAGCUCCUAUAUGGACGCACUCCUGUUCCCGCUAGAGUUCACUACUAGUGGGGGAUUAAAUCAGGUAAAAGGCUACGCCCGUAUUUUAUACGGGUUUUACGUAGAAGGAGCUAUGUUCCUAGUGUCCUGCGGGCUGGCAACACUACGACGUCACACUGGCGCCGCCAUCACUACUAUGAUAGAGAAAUAUAGACUAUUCGCUGGAGAAUGAAAAUACGCGAAUAACAUUAAAAAUUGACGUUACGACUUCCUUGACUUUAACAAAAUCUAAUUUCUACUUUCACUUUUUUAUUGAGUAGCCCUUGCAUAACCCACAAAUUGUAAAUAACUCUUCCGUCAAGAAUUUACAGCUGCCAACCUGCCACCGGUUUUGUGAAAAGCUGUUAAAAAAUGUUAGACAUAUAUUAUUAA